CUUCCUGACAUGCUUAAACGAUUUUCAGAUAUUUGAUAUAGAUGUCUAAAAUAUUUGAAAUAUUAUCUCAUUUAUGAUACAGUUUGAUCCCCCAAAAAUGUCGGGUUCUGUUAUUGUGAUGGACAAUGGUUCCGGAUCAUGCAAAGGUGGAUUUGCAGGAGAAGACAAGCCGGCGGCUAUCAUCCCAACUAUCUUGGGUUAUUCAAAAGAUGAGUCUGCUAAGGAAGAUGGCGUGCCUCUGAAAGCCACAUUUAUUGGAGAGGACGCAUUACACAAAGGAGGAGUUUUAUCAUUGAAGUAUCCAAUCCAUAGAGGAAUAGUGGACGACUGGGAUGAUAUGGAAAAGGUGUGGGAUUUCAUGUUUACAUCAGCACUGAAAGUUAAUCCGAAGGAUCAUACGGUGUUGGUGACCGGAAGUGCAGAAGAUGAUACGAAAAACAGAAAUAAAAUGUAUGAAAUCUUAUUCGAAAAGUUUCAGGUUGCAGGCAUGCAGGUUGCAGUUGAUGCUGUUCUUUCACUUUGGGCCUCUGGUAGAAAAACCGGCAUUGUUUGUAGUUGCGGUGACUCACUAAGUCACAUUGUUCCAAUUUAUGAAGGGGUCUUGCUUUCGGAAGCGAUGGUAAGCUUAAAUCUAGGGGGUCGAGAUUUAGAUAGUUGUCUAGCUCAACUUUUAAGUGAGAAAGGAUACUCUUUUAUACCUCAGGAAGAAUACGCAUCAACCUUAUUAAAAGAUGUUCGAGAAAAACAUUCAUAUGUGACUCUGGAUUUCGAAAAGGAUAUGAACUUGUCCGAUUCAUCGCUGGAGCAAAACCAUACUUUUUCUGAUGGAAAGAAAAUAGUACUGGAUAAAGAGCGCUUCAGAUGUACGGAGCCUUUAUUUGAACCUGGGCUUCUUGGUAUUGAGACACCUGGUUUACAUGAUUUAGUAUACAGCAGCAUUAUGAAAUGUGACAUGGAUGUGCGCAAAGAUCUGUAUCACAACGUGGUUCUAGCUGGAGGAGUCACUAUGACACCUGGUUUUGGAGAAAGACUCAAAAAUGGCUUGGCAUCGCUAGCACCUCCGUCUAUAAAUAUUCAAAUUUCUGCGCCUCCCGAUCGUGCUUUCUCGGCAUGGGUUGGAGGGUCCAUUCUUGCUUCAUCGGAUGCAUUUUCAAAUCAGAUAUUAUCACUGCAACAAUAUAAAGAAAUUGGUUUAGAUAAUAUCCCUUUAUUUUCUGGUAUAUUUUAAGUAUUUUGGUUACGUCAGUAGAACUAUAACGAUGAAGAUCCACAAUAAAACUCCGUUCCUUUGGAAUACUAGUAUUAGUUAUAUUCUAGUUUUGAUCUUGUCCCCAGUAUUUUUACAAUCUACAAUGUGCAUCAAGCCUAUAUCUUUUGUGGUACAAUAACAAUGAAGUUUAUAUCUAAUAUAUUUAUCUCUUUAUAGAUAGUUGUGCAUGUCAUUAACAAUUAUACCACAUUUCCAUAUUUUCAUAACAUGGCUCCAUCCGGAGAUGCAAUUUGUGAACAAUAUAAGUUGUAUAUAUUUUCCUGUAUAUUUUAAGUAAUUGUUUUUCUUUCUUUCUGUACACAGAACACUUUAACUCGUAUGAAAUAAAUAUUAAAACAAAUUUUACUUC